UAACUGGGGAGGAGGUCGGUCCUUCUGGGAAUCAAGCUCAGAGACACAAUCUAGGAAGAUGAUGGCUUUGAAGACCUGCUCUCUGCUGCUGGUGCUCCUGUUCCUGGCCGUCGGGCUGGGUGAAAAGGAAGAGGUUGAGUUCCGAUCCCAUGCUAAAUUUGCUGGCCCCCGACCUCGAGGCCCAAGGUACGCAGAGGGGACUUUCAUCAGUGAUUACAGCAUCGCUAUGGACAAGAUCCGCCAACAAGACUUUGUGAACUGGCUGCUGGCCCAGAAGGGGAAGAAGAAUGACUGGAAACACAACAUCACCCAGAGAGAGGCCCGGGCUUUGGAGCUGGCAGGACAAUCUCAGGGAAAGGAGGAGAAAGAGGCACAGGGCAGCUCUUUGCCCAAGAACCUCAGUGAUGAAGAUGUGCUGAGGGACCUUCUGAUUCAAGAGCUCCUGGCCUGGAUGGUGGACCAAACAGAGCUCUGCCAACUCAGGUCCCAGUGACUGACCUAGCCUGGAGCAGGACUAGACUCUGACCUUUGCUCGCUCAGCUCCCGCUUCCGCCCUGGUCCAAAGUCUCUGAGAGAAUCAAAGCAAUAAAGCCUUGAGCUG